AUGUCAGGAGAAAAAGAGAAAGCAAAUGCUUUAAUCGAGAAAAGUUCAAAAGAGGCACGUUUCUACAUAAUUGUGCAUGCGUUAUAUAGAGGCUGCCUUUGAGUAGCGCUCUAAGCGCCCGAGACUUCCCGACGAAGUCUGGGCGGUGGUUUGGCCAGCUGAUGUUGGUCAAACCAACAUCCAAAAUGACAAAUUCUUCUCAUACAGAAGGUUUGUCAAAUUGGAUGCUGGUUUGACCAACAUCAGCUGGUCAAACCACCGCCCAGACUUCGUCGGGAAGUCUCGGGCGCUUAGAGCGCUACUCAAAGGCAGCCUCUAUACCUAAUUUUGAGUGCGAUUUUUGAUUUUCCAGAGAAAAUGGAGGGCUGUGUAAUAAAAUUGAAGGGUCUAUUGGUGAAGAAAAAUGCCAGAACGGGGAAGAGUAUUAUGAAAUUCCAAGUGGGCUCAGAAAAAUAUCCGGAGAUACCUGUGAGCACGGGCUCAGUUUUUAUUUAG